AUGCCCCUGGUCCGGGGUGAACAGAUUGCAACUUGGGGCGACCCCAACAAAGCUAACGGCUACUUCGGUACGGAGGAGAAAUCCAGAGACGCCAUCGCCGGCGAUUUCCAGGACAUCCCAAUCGUCGACAUCUCAGGCAUAUUCUCUCCAGAUCUGAAGCACCGCCAGGCAGUGGCAGAUCAAGUCCGGGAUGCGUGCAUUCGCGUGGGCUUCUUCUACGCCAAAGGCCACGGCGUGCCGAGUGAAAUGAUGGACAAGACGUUCGGAUGGGCCAAGCGAUUCUUCGAACUCUCCUUCGACGAGAAAAUGGAACUCUUCAUCAACAACCAGGAUAACUAUCGUGGGUAUACGCCUAUGUACGGCAGCGGGAAGCCGGAUGUCGAUGGGUUGGCCAACGCCAACGAAGCUUUCGACUGGGGCCUCGACGCCAAGCUCAACGAUGACCCUGCAUACGACUGCUGUGAUCCGUACAUGAAAGGAAGCAACGUCUGGCCGAAACAACUGCCAGGCUUCGAAGAGCACUUGUCCCAGUACUUCAGCAAGGUACGAGACCUCGGACGUGUGAUGGCCCGGAAUAUUGCCUUGUCUCUGGGCCUGGACGAGGGCUCUUUCGAUCCUUAUCUGACGCACCCUGGCUGCUCCGCCGUGGUGGCUCAUUAUCCUCCCAUGGAGCCUACGAGUACAAAACUUGGGCUGGACCCUCAUACAGACAACGAGUUCCUGACAUUCCUCGCACCGGGUAAGGUCAGAGCACUGGAAGUUCUCAACCGCGAUGGCCAAUGGAUCUCGGCCCCACCCAUCGAGGGCACCUACGUCGUCAAUGUCGGCGACCAGCUGCAACGGCUCACGAAUAAUCUGUACAUCUCUACCAAACACCGUGUGAUCAACCACACAGGGGAGGAGAGGAUUUCAGUACCAUUCUUUUUCUCGGCCAACUGGGAAUCUACUAUUGAUCCCCUCAAGCACCUGGUUGGCAACGAAGCCGAGAAGGAGUCGAACAAUGUCUCUGCAGGACAGAUGUAUAAGCACACAAUGAUGGCCUUGCACAUGCCUGGAGAUAGUAAUCCUAUAUUCCAGAAAUAUCUCAAGGUAGCAUAG